AUGUCCGCCUUAUUCAACUUCCAAUCCCUACUUCUCGUUCUCCUCCUGAUGAUCUGCACAUGUACGUAUGUAAGAGGUACCGCCCCAGGUCUAGUAGAUAGGAAUAGAGAAGGAUUCCUCGGGUUAUUCUUCAAAUGCGCGAGGAUAGGCGAGAGGUUGUCGCCUUAUGUGUCGUUGGCUUGUAUAGCAAUGGCCAUAACGAUAAUAAUGGGAUCAUGA